CUGGUGCCUUCCUGUGUGAGGCACGGGGGGCGCGGAGCCCGGUCCAUGCUAGCGGGCAGUGUCUGUGUCAGGUCGCACGGCAGCUGUGCACCCACAGACCCAGAGCUGUUGCUGGUGGAGGGGGAGGGCCACCUGCCAUGUCCUCCGAGGGCGAGAGUGGCCUAAGGUCACAUAGCAGGUGGCUGGAAGCCCAGGUGGGGGUCCUGCAGCUCCGGCCUCUCCCACAGGCCCUCUCCUGGACAAGAGGCCAGGCCAGGUGCUGCCUGCCUCCCGCCCCGUGACUCAGCACCCUUGCCCAGCACAACACGACUUUUGCCCCUGCCCGCUGUGCCGGCCUACUGCUCGGAUCCGUCCAGGCUCUCCUGCCGCAUCUGCCCGGGAUGCGGGGAGCCGGAGCCCCCAGGGGCCAGGGCCAGCACUCCGGCGGCAUGGGCACUCUGGGCCGUCCCCAGGUCAUCCUCCUCACCUACGUGCUGUUUGCCCUGGAACUCACCUGCCUUUUCAUGCGGUUCUCCAUCAUGCCGUACCUGACCCGACGGCUGGGCCUGGACUCCGUGGCCUUCAGCUACCUGCAGACGGCCUUCGGCGUGCUUCAGCUGCUGGGUGGGCCUGUGUUUGGCAGGUUCGCUGACCAGCGUGGGGCGCGGGCCGCGUUCACGCUCAACUUCCUGGCAUCCUCGGCCUUCUACCUGCUCCUGGCUGCCGCCUGCAGCCCGGCCCUGCCCGGCGUGGCCUUGCUCUACGCCUUGCCCUUACCGGCUGCGCUCAUGCAGGGGCUGCCAGCCGCUCAGAUGGUCAUCGCGGACCUGUCCGCGCCUGAGGAGCGGCCAGCGGCCCUGGGCCGGCUGGGCCUGUGCUUCGGGGUCGGCAUGAUCUUCGGCUCGCUGCUCGGCGGGACCCUGAGCGCCGCGUACGGGCUUCAAUGUCCAGCUUUCGUGGCUCUUGUGGCCAAUCUCAUGGCAGCCACCCUCAGCUACACCCUCAUCCCCAGCAGCACUAAAGGGGCCAGCGCCCCCACCCCGGCUGCCCCGCCAGGCAGAACCCAAGCCAGCGUGUUUGACCUGAAGGCCAUCAGCCACGUGCUGCUCCAGCCCGGGGUCCUGCCUGUGUUCCUCAUCAAGGUGGUUUCCGGCUUCCCCUCCGGACUCUUCAUGGUCACGUUCUCCAUCAUCUCCAUGGACUUCUUCCAGCUGGACGCUGCGCAGGCCGGCUACCUCAUGUCCUUCUUCGGGGUUCUCCAGAUGGUCAUUCAGGGCCUGGUCAUCGGGCGGCUGAGCAGCCACUUCUCGGAGGGGUCCCUGCUCUGGGCCAGCACGCUGGUCUUCAUCGUGGUGGGACUGGCCAUGGCCCUGAUGUCCAACGUCUUUCACUUCUGCCUCUUGAUGCCUGGCCUGGUCUUCGGCCUGUGCGCCCUCAACGUGGUCACCGACAGCAUGCUGACCAAGGCUGUCUCGGCUUCAGACACGGGCACCAUGCUGGGCCUCUGUGCCUCCGUGCAGCCCUUGACUCGCACCCUGGGGCCCAUCGUGGGCGGCCUCCUGUACCACAGCUUUGGGGUCCCUGUCUUUGGCCAUGUGCAGUUUGCCACCAACGUCCUUGUCCUCCUGGUGCUCUGGAGACAGCCUCUGCCCCAGAAGACAGACAAAGUGUGGUGACCGUGGUCCCACGGCACAGACCAGCAAUAAACUCCUCCUCCAGCCU